UCUUUUUAGCUGAUCUGUGAGGGAAGUAACUUUUAAAGAGGCUAGGCAAACAUUAUAUUCCUGCCUGUCUUGUUCAAAGAACAAGGAGAAACAUAAUGAGCAGAAAUUUUAUUGCGUAAUGCUGAAGAUCUCAGCUCCUAACAGCUGCAGAAUUCUCAGGCAAGACGGGCUCAAGGCUUUAAAAAACAGAGGAGUCAAUAGAUUGGAAGUUGUGCUGUUGACAGGUCCCUGGACACCUGUGAGAGAACAAAAACUGCUUCAACAGCCACUGAGUCACUGGAAGAUUUUUUAGAAGAGGAGGAAAACUAGAGAGGGAAGUGACCCAGGGUUUAUCAUAUCAAAGAUCUGUUUGUUUUUCUUGCCCCUAAAAGUCAGCUAUUUAAGUUCAGUGAUGGCCAGUUCAUUCUUGGUACUGCAGGCAACACGUUCGGCUCGUGGUCGUGUUCAGCUGCCUCUGCUUUUGAGCCAGUGUUGUUGUACCAUGUCUUCUCAAAAACAUCUGAUGCCACCCCCUGCAUGUCUACUACAGCCACUGUCUGUUCCAGACAGGCUGUUGCUGGGCCCUGGGCCCUCCAAUUCCCCUCCCCGGAUCUUGUCUGCAGGUGGUCGACAGCUGAUAGGACAUGUCCAUAAAGAGAUGAUCCAGAUAAUGAAUGAGAUCAAGCUGGGAAUCCAGUAUGCAUUCCAGACACAGAACCCACUCACACUGGCUGUCAGUGGCACAGGCCACUGUGCCAUGGAAGCUGCCUUCCUGAACAUGGUGGAACAAGGAGACAAAGUACUAGUUGCUGUAAAUGGCUUUUGGGGUGAAAGAGCAACUGACAUUUCCAAAAGGCUUGGAGCAGAUGUUUACCAACUUGUAAAGGCCGCAGGAGAGUAUUUUACUCUAGAAGAAAUAGAAAGGAGCUUGGUGCAGCACUCCCCAGUUUUGUUUUUCAUCACUCAUGGAGAAUCAUCCACUGGAGUGGUUCAGCCAUUAGAUGGACUUGGAGAACUCUGUCACAGGCAUAAUUGCUUGCUGCUAGUGGAUGCUGUAGCAUCACUAGGGGGUACUCCAAUUUUCAUGGACCAGCAAGGAAUUGACAUUCUCUACUCUGGUUCCCAGAAAGUCUUAAGUGCUCCACCUGGUGCUUGUCCCAUCUCUUUCAGCUUGAGAGCCAGGAAGAAGAUUUAUAACAGGAAGACAAAACCAACCUCCUUCUAUCUGGAUAUGGAAGAACUUACUAAAUAUUGGGGCUGUGAUGACAACCUAAUACGGUAUCAUCAUACUGCACCUAUCAACACAUUCUUCUGCCUACGAGAAGGCUUAGCAAUUCUUGCAGAACAGGGGCUUGAGAACUUCUGGAAGUGUCACAAGGAGAAUAGUCUGUACCUGUGUGAAGGGCUGCAGAAGCUAGGUCUCAAACUCUUUGUGAAAGAACCGGAGGCACGACUACCCACAAUCACCACUGUUUCAGUACCUGAAGGAUAUGACUGGAAGGAAAUCAUUGAAUACAUUAUGAAAAAUCAUGGGAUUGAGGUUUCAGGAGGUCUGGGCCCAUCAGCAGACAAGGUUCUUCGAAUAGGAUUGAUGGGCUACAACUGUACUAAAUUCAAUGUUGACAGAGUUCUCCAUAGCCUGGAAGAUGCCCUUCAACAUUGUCUGAAGAACAAGCUAUGAGACCCCAUCUAUAUUUCUACUCUCAUUCCUCCUCCAAUGCAUUCAGCACCAUGUCAUCAACCAUUUUUUCCAUUCCAUCACAGUUCACACAGCAUUAUGCAUUGAUAACUUCUGUACGUAAGAGAACAACUACAGUAAACAAGCAACAAAACCGAUGAUUCAAGUCCUGCAAAAUUUCUAAGGGCCUUUUCACACAAUCACUCAAUGUACUUCUCAAACUAGUUUUUUUCAUUAACUGUAAUUACCAUAGCUUACAAUUUACAUGGGAAACCCUUGUUUUUCAAUGCAUGUUAUAUUAUGCCAGGGAUCCCCAGUGUGGUACCUGUGGGUGCCAUGAUGCCCACCAAGUGUUUUUAGAAAGUGGAUGGGGGCAAGUAGGGCUUUGACCAGCAGGGUUUCUGAUUGGCUGUUGGAUCUGAUUGACUGCAGAUUUUUUAAAGUUGUCUUGGCAGCAGGUGCCAUGACAGCACAAAGAUCUUACUUUCAGUCAUGCAGUGAACCUGAGUGUAUGCAAGAAAAUGUUUUAAAACAGUAUGUUCAUUUUAAAAGGCACCCUGUUUUUUGGUUGGCUCUUGCUUCUUGUGGCAGUCAUUUCGGCAUAGGCUCCACCUCCUGCAGCAGCCAUUUUGUGGUUGUGCCCACCAUCAUGUGUCAGAAUUCCAAAUAUGCCCACAGGCACAAAAAGGUUAAGGAUCCCUGUGUUAUGCACACCACCAUAACAACAGUGCAUAUUUCCUUUAGGUUGGGGUCUAUCCAUAUGCUGUUGUUCCCUUUGUGUUUUUCUUCACAUCACUAGAUGCAUCAUUGUCUAAGUUGGCAUGUGCACACAAUCUCACAAGUAGGUCUCCCUAAGUAGAUUUUCCCACACAAAACUUUAAAACCUUUCCCACCAGUUUUUUUUUUUUUGCAUCUGGCUAUACUGAUGGGUCUGAGAUCUUGUUCUUACCUCUUCUGGCUUUCAGUAGCAGCUACAAAGAGGUGUUUCACUCCAGGCACCUACUACAAGUUUCUGUAUAAUGAGACACUGAACACAUCUCCUACUCACAACCGAGCAAACCAAGCCCAGAAUUCUGCCAAUGCCAGCGGCUGAAUGAAGAGAGGUGGAAUGCUAACUGGACACUAUCAAAAUGUGUUUUCAAUACUAGCAAAAUCUACAUUCCCAUAAAUUAGUACUUGACAGCGCCAUAGUCAGACAGAGCUGAAGAUGUUAUAACAGAGCCAUUAUUUCUAGUGUCAAGUAUGUACAGUAUUGUUCUCUGAUCAGAAAAGGUGUUCGUGUCCAAAUAGGCCAUAAGCAACAACCAACCACUCUAUGACUUACCAUUCUUCAGCCUAUUCACUGAAAGCUGGGGGAGGGGGAAAUGAAAUCUAGCCAAACAAUAGAAUUAGACCAAGUUGUGUUUAACACGGUGAAGAUUCAUUACUUUAGGGACUGAAGCAACUGUUUACAAAAAUGUUCAGGGGGAUGUGAUGACCUUUACUCAGUAGAAGCACUGCCAAAGAAGAACAAAUUCUUCCAACAGUCCUCCUGAACCCAUUCAAGGAUAAAGGAAUAUAUUUCUGUUCCACACCUAUUCCUUGCAUUCCUUCAAAUGCCUUUAUUCAUGCAAAUCAAGUAUUCUAUACUCCAGCAACUGACAGUUCAUAACCCCACCCUCCUUAUUAAAAAGGCCAAACAUUUCUAAUAUUCUUCUUAGUAAAAGGUUAUUAAUAAAACAA